AUGACACUUUUUAACUCUAUCUCUUCAUUAGGUAAUGCUGGAUCUUUAUCAAAAUCAUCAAAAUCUAUUUCAUAUGGCAGCUCUUCAUCAUCACAAUCAUCAAAUGCUGUUCAAUGUGGCGGUUGCGGUGGUUGCGGCGGCGGUAUUGGUUUAGGCAAUGUUGUAGGUGGUGUUGUUGGUUUAGUAGGCGGUGUUGUCGGAGUUGUCGGAGGUGUCGUUGGUGGCUUAGUUGGUGGUCUUCUUGGUGGCGGUGGUGAACCCAAAAUCAUUGUUACAUUACCACAUGGUAUUAAUGCAACUUAUAUAAAGGAAGAAUAUGCAUAUCGAGCAAUAGGAGAUAUAGAGUCAUACGAAAUUACAAUUGUUACACAAUUUACAAUUGAUAGAAUGGAUAGAAUUGCAAUGAUGGCAGAUAUUUGGAGAGCACCUAUUUCAGCAGCUGUCUAUAUAAGGAACCAAAGCGAUAUCGAUAGUGUAUUCAAGCUUGUUAGGAAUAGUUUUUCAGUUGCACAAUUUGUAGAUAUUCAUUUUCUCUAUAGCAAUCAAACAAGAUACCCAGUAAACAAUUUAAGAAACUUAGCAUUAGUAAACGCGAGAACAGAUUGGACAUUGUUAUUGGAUGUAGAUUUUGUGACUAAUGAAGGAAUGUAUGAAUAUUUACAAUCUCUUUUAAAAGAAAUCGAUAAAAACAAAUUAGUUUCAUUUAUAAUACCAUCAUUUUCAAGUAGCAUUUCACAUUAUGAUUUCCCCACAGGCAAAGUAGAUUUAAUUCAAAUGGUCGAAGCAGGUGAUAUUAAAAUAAUAAAUAAGAACGUAUGUCCUCGAUGUCAUGGACCUACAGAUUACAGCCGUUGGUUUUCCGCAGUGGAGCCUUAUAAAGUGGACUAUCGUUGGCUUUACGAACCAUUUUUGCUAUAUAACAAAUCACAAAUAGAACUAUAUGACGAAAGAUUAAAGGGCUAUGGAUUCGAUAAAAACUCACACACUUUUGGAAUGGCUGCACAGGGAUUCUCUUUUUAUGUUUUACCAGAAGCUUGGAUUAUUCACAUGAACCACAAAUCUAAACCAUGGGAAGGAGGAAAUACAUUUGACGAACAAAUGUUUGACUCUUUAAGAAUAGUUUGCAAUCAUAUAGUUCCUGAUACGAAAAUAAAAUAUGGCUAUGAUCCAAAUAAAAAACUAUUCAACGAACCAUUAAAAGAAAAUGACAAUUUAUUUAUACAACAAAUGUCCUCUAUCUCAAACUCCACCGCCAAAGCCUGUAACUCUCCUAGAGGAGGAAGCAUACCAUUAUUACAUACCAACAAUAACAACACUGAUAAUAACGAUAAUGAUAAUGGUAAUAAAAGAAAUGAAAAAAUGGUAUAUGUAAUCACACAAUAA